AUGUCACCCCGAGGAUGUCACCCCGAGGAUGGCACCCUCCCGACCCCGAGCGUCCUCGGGGUGAGCGGGGCAGGCGGCUGCUGGGUGGCAAUAAAAAUCAUUGACAAGUCUCAGCUGGAUGCUGUGAAUCUGGAGAAGAUCUACAGGGAAGUGCAGAUAAUGAAGAUGCUGGAUCACCCACACAUCAUAAAGCUCUAUCAGGUGAUGGAGACCAAAAGCAUGUUGUACCUUGUGACAGAAUUUGCCAAAAAUGGAGAAAUUUUCGAUUACCUGGCCAGCCACGGCCGCCUGAGCGAGUCCGAGGCCCGGCGCAAGUUCUGGCAGAUCCUGUCGGCGGUGGAGUAUUGCCACGGCAGGAAGGUCGUGCACAGGGACCUCAAGGCUGAGAACCUCCUGCUGGACAACCACAUGAACAUCAAAAUAGCAGAUUUUGGCUUUGGGAAUUUCUAUAAGAGUGGUGAACCUCUGACAACGUGGUGUGGGAGCCCCCCCUAUGCAGCCCCAGAAGUCUUUGAAGGCCAGCAGUACGAGGGACCCCAGCUGGAUAUCUGGAGCAUGGGGGUGGUGCUCUACGUGCUGGUGUGUGGAGCUUUACCUUUUGAUGGACCAACCCUCCCCAUCCUGAGGCAAAGAGUUCUGGAAGGAAGGUUCAGGAUCCCCUAUUUUAUGUCAGAAGAGUGUGAGCACCUGAUUAGAAGAAUGCUGGUCCUGGACCCCUCCAAAAGGUUGACUAUUGCUCAGAUUAAGGAGCACAAGUGGAUGCUUGUAGAAGUUCCUGCCCAGAGGCCAAUUCUUUACCCACCAGGAGAGGAGAACGAGCCUUCCCUCGGGGAAUACAACGAGCAGGUCCUGAGGCUGAUGCACAGCCUUGGCAUAGACCAGCAGAAAACUGUGGAGUCCCUGCAGAACAAGAGCUACAACCACUUUGCUGCCAUCUACUACCUGCUGGUGGAGAGGCUCAAGUCCCACCGGAGCAGCUUCCCCGUGGAGCAGAGGGUGGACGCGCGGCAGCGCCGGCCCAGCACCAUCGCCGAGCAGACCGUGGCCAAGGCCCAGGCUGUGGUCCCCUCAGUGAACCUGCACUCACAGAAUGCAAGGCUCUUGCAGUCCCCAGGUCUCCCCUCAGCCUCAGGAGCAGAAGCCUUUUCCUUCCCUCCAUCCAGCUGCCAGGGAGAGGCAGCAUUUAUGGAGGAGGAAAGAGUUGAGACACCAAAGGUCAAUGGAUGCCUGCUGGACCCCGUGCCCCCCGUGGUGAUGAGGAAAGGAUGCCAGUCCCUGCCCAGCAGCAUGAUGGAAACGUCCAUUGAUGAAGGGAUAGAGGCAGAAGGGGAGGCAGAGGAUGACCCUGCCCAGGCGUUUGCAGCCCUCCAAGCAGCUCGUGUUGGGAAGAGGCGUCACACCCUGGCAGAGGUCACCAACCAGCUGGUGAUGGUGCCAGGCACAGGGAAAGUGUAUUCCUUGGAUGAGAACUCCUCCCUGGGCAGCAUCGACUCCGAGUACGACAUGGGAUCCAUCCAGAGGGACAUUAAAUUCCUGGGAGAGACCCCCUCCCUGAAGGAAAUGGUGCUGAGCAACCAGCAGGCCCCCCGGGUGACCCCCCCUUUCAUCGGGCUGAGACCUGCCAACCCAGCCAUGCAGGCCCUGAGCUCCCAAAAAAGGGAGGCCCACAACCGCUCCCCCGUCAGCUUCCGAGAGGGACGGAGGGCCUCCGACACCUCCCUCACACAAGGAAUUGUAGCAUUCAGGCAGCACCUCCAGAACCUGGCACGAACCAAAGGAAUCCUGGAACUGAACAAAGUCCAGCUGCUCUAUGAACAGAUGGGGUCAGAAGAGGAGCCGUCCCUGACAUCAGCUGCCACCCAGCUGCAGGAGCUCAUGAACAGCCCUGCACAGGAGGAAUCAUCCCAGCAGCAGCAGCAGCAGGAGGCUUCCCCUGCUUUCCCUAAUGGUGCACAUCCCCCAGUGUUGUCCAGAAGGCAGAGCCUGGAAACACAGUACCUGAAACACAGGCUGCAGAAGCCCACUCUGCUCUCUAAAGCUCAGAACACUUGCCAGCUCUACUGCAAAGAACUGCCCCGGAGUCUGGAGCAGCAGCUACAGGAGCACAGGUUGCACCAGAAGCGGCUCUUCCUGCAGAAGCAGUCCCAGCUCCAAGCCUACUUCAACCAGAUGCAGAUCGCCGAGAGCUCCUACCCGAGGUCAGCCCAGCUGCCCCUGCCCUGCCAGGAGGAGCCCCAGCAGCCCCAGCAGCAGCAGCAGCCGGCCCAGUUCAGCCUGCAGCAGCCCCUGAGCCCCGUGCUGGAGCCCUCCCAGGAACAGAUGCAAUACGACCCCUUCCUCAGCCAGUACCAGAAGGUCCCUCUGGACCCGCUGCCCUCCCAGCUCAGCAGCUCCUCCAGGCUGUCCUCGCCCGUGCAGGUGCAGCAGCAGCCACCACAGCCCUUACAAUAUUCCUAUCAGACUUGUGACUUGCCCGUGGUCCCCUCCUCCGAGCCAGACUACCCCGAGCAGUGCCAGUACCCCCUGGACCCGGCCCCCCAGAGCAGUGUAGCAUUGCCUGACAGCCAGGGCAGCUCUGCCUCCCCCGAGCCCCAGCCCAGCUACGACCCCCUAACCCUGGCAGAGCUGCCUGGACUCUUUGAUUGUGAAAUGAUGGAGACUGUAGACCCCCAGCACAGUGGCUACGUCCUGGUGAAUUAGUGCGAGACGGGACGGACGGGAGAAGCAUGUGAGUUUUUGGGGGUUUGUUUUUUUUGUUUUUUAAGUUCCUACCCCAGAAUUCGUGGUA